AUGGCCAAUUCUGAAAUGCCAAACGGUGGCCAUGCGCAAGUCCCUGCCGAAACCAGCGCACAUGAAAAAGACAGCCACGAUAUGCGUCAAACUGUUGGACCAGAGAACGGCUUGACAAAACCCGAGGCUGCCACGUCUCGUGGAUGGCGGUUUUGGGCAAUUUUCCCACCCAUAUGUCUCGCCACGCUGCUCAUUGCACUCGAGUCCACGGUCACCACGGCGUCCUUGCCUAAGAUUGCGGCUGGCCUCGAUGCCGGAGACAACUAUGUCUGGAUCAUGAACGGAUACUUGCUCACAGCCACGGUCUUCAUCCCCUUCUUCGGCCAGUUCGCGUUUGUCUUCGGCCGGCGCUGGCCCACCCUCUUCGCAGUCCUGAUGUUCAUGCUUGGUAGUGGCGUAGCUGGUGGAGCGGACUCAAUGGCCAUGCUUAUAGCCGGACGUGUAGUGCAGGGCCUAGGCGGCGCUGGUGUCGGCGUCCUUGGAAAUAUCAUCGUCUCAGACCUGACCUCUGUCAGAGAACGCGGUAAAUAUCUUGCUGCGAUCUUCGGUGUAUUCGGUUUGGGAAUCGCAGUUGGUCCUCCCAUCGGCGGUGCUAUAUCCCAGACCAACUGGCGCUGGGUUUUUUGGCUAAACUUGCCCGUUGGCGCCCUGGCAUUGAUAAUGCUGUUUCUCUUUCUACAUGUUGACGCCCCCAAGCUUAUGACCGUACGUCAAGGGCUGAAGAGAGUGGACUGGAUCGGAAACUGGCUGUUGAUUGGCAGUGUGCUGAGCAUCCUGAUCGCCUUGAGCUGGGCAGAUACCAGAUAUCCUUGGGCAUCGUGGCGGAUUCUCGUCCCGCUCCUGGUCGGUUUUGCAGGCCUGGUGGCUUUCCAUGCUUACGAGGCAAGCCCCUGGUGCUCGAAUCCCACGAUCCCUCCACGUCUGUUCGGUAACAGAACGGCCGCCGUCGCGUUCCUGAGUACGUUCCUCGCGGGCGCAUUGACGUUCUGGCGGCUCUACUUCCUGGCGCUCUAUUUCGAGGGCGUGUUGCUUGUGUCAACAGGACGGUCGGGCGUCCUCCUGCUUCCGUCGGUGCUGGUCUACGUUCCUGCCGCCGUGUCUGGGGGGUUCGCACUCUCGAAAUGGGGCCGGUACAAGCCGAUCCACCUCAUUGCGUAUGGGCUCAUUGUCCUCGCCACGGGACUAUACAUCAACCUGGAUGAGACGUAUUCCCUUGCGAAAAUAGUUAUAUACCAGAUCAUUGCAGGCUGGGGAUCCGGAAUGCUCAUCACUACGAUCCUCCCCGCCGCCCAGGCCGCACUGCCAACAUCGGACGCCGUGCCGGCGAGCGCGUUGUGGGCGUACCUCCGCUCCUUCGGCAGCAUCUGGGGCAUCGCUAUCCCAGCCGCGAUUUUCAACAGCCGCUUUGCCCAACUGGCGGACACCAUCACCGACGAGGGUGCGCGCAAUGUGCUUGGUGGAGGCAAUGCCUACUCGCACGUCUCGCGCACGUACGUGUCAUCGCUACCCGAGGCGGUCAAGGGGCAGGUUGUUCAUGUGUACAAUGAUGCCUUGAGGUUGGUAUGGUAUGUCUGCCUCGCUUUCAGCGCGUUUGCGCUUCUGAUCACCCUUCUGGAGAAGGAGGUUGUGAUGCGCACUACACUUGAUGUGCCGCAAAAAGGUACGUCUGAAAAAGCUGUGAAGGAUCUGGAGUCUGGGGGCAGCCAGAAUCAAUGA